AUGGGUGAUUACUCGAAAGCACUUGAAUUUUUCGAAAAAGCACUUAAAAUAAGAGAAACAGCUCUGCCUCCGAAUCAUCCUGAUUUGGCUUAUCCAUACAAAUGGUUUGGAAAGAUUUAUCGCAGUAUAAAAGAUUAUCCAAGAGCACUUGAGAAUUUCGAAAAGUGUCUCUCAAUACGUCAAAAAGCUUUACCUGAAAAUCAUCCAGAUAAGGCUACUACAUACAGUGACAUUGGUGAUGUUCAUCGAUUAAUGGGAGAUUAUGAAAAAGCAUUGUUAUUUCAUCGAAAAGCAUUAAAUAUCCAAGAAAAUGUUCAAUGUAAUCCUUUAGAUUGUGCAUUAACAUAUAUAAAUUUAGGUGAAACUUAUCGAGAAAUGAAAGAUUAUUCAACAGCAUUGACAUAUUUUCAAAAAGGAUUAGAAAUACGUCAGAAGAAAUUACCAAAAGAUCAUCCUGAUUUAGCUGUUGUAUAUC